CGGCGAUGACGACGGUUGAGGAGUGCGAGCUUGGCCGCCAUUUUGGUAGGCAGCACCCGGUACACUUCACUUCGAAGAUGUCCUCGGCACAUUGUUCAGCAAUAAAUUGUACUAAUCGAAGAUUGAAAAGACCAGAUUUGUCAUUUUUCAAGUUUCCCAGAAACAAAGACAGAUGUCAGCAGUGGGUUGUAAGCGCCAGAAGAACAGACCUGCUGAGUCGGACCACUUUCUACAUCUCCAGAAACUGCCGCUUGUGCGCAGAACACUUCACCGAGGACCAGUUCUCCAAUCGGCAAGUGAAGAACAGGCUGAACUGGAACGCCGUUCCGAACGUCUUUCAGUUUCCCGAUCCUCCCAAGUCCGACUCAACACGACGUGGUCCCAGGAAGAGGAAGCAGGCUGCUGGCGACUCCAGCACGGACGCAGCAGCAAAACAGCAGAAGGUCACGGCAGGUACGUCCCCUGUCCUGGAUGAACACACAUACAGUAAGCCGGAGACAGACAGCCCGCCUGUUAGUUCUCCCACAUGCAGCACCCCGUCACGGUCGCCAUCGCCAUCGCCAUCGCCCGAACCCGUGGAGCCACUCUCGGCCGAGAAGCAGAGCGAGCUUUUGCGGAAAGAACGUCAGAGAACACGUCGCCUGAGAGAAAAGCUGGCCUCGCUGAAAAAGUCCAUGGAAAAAGCAGCAGAAGAAUCCAGAUCUAUCCAGGGCAUCAUCAACAAUGCUAAACAGUUUCUCCAAGAGCCGGCCUUGUCCUUUUUCGCUUUGCAACUUGAGAAUGGGACCAAGCCGGGUAAGAACUUUACCGUGUGUAAGAAGUGUCUCACCAGGAUGGAAGCUGUCAGAGAAAAGUGUGCAUCCUGACAGUUUUUCCGUUCACGUGUUCAAUGAGGAGAGAAAAAUGGACCCGGACUACAAUCCAUACUGUGCCAGCUCACCUCCAUUCAUGCUUUAUAUGUACAAUAUACCUUUAUAUUCUCUACCCUUCAAUAAAUCAACUAUAAUUAGCCUUCACAGUGCCUUGCUU